GCUGGGUCCUCAUCUCGCAUCCAUAUAUAAGAAGCCAUGGCUGCCAUCAAGUACCCCUAUGUCUGGCUCUUUUGCGGAUUCGCCUCUCUUGGCGCCUUCCUCUACGGCUACGAUGGCGUCUACUUCAAUGGCGUGUCUACCUUGCCACCUUUCCUCCGCGAGUUUGGCCAGCAAGAGCCUGACGGAUCAUGGCGGCUUCCCCCGAGCGAACUUGCCGUCAUGACGUCCAUGAUGAAUGUCGGUGAGCUGGUUGGCUCGCUCGGCGCGGCGCCCAUCAACGACUGGUUCGGCCGCAAGGGUGCCUUCUUCGCGGGGUGCGUCUUCAUCACUGUCGGCGUGGCUCUGCAGCUCGCUGCCGCUGGUGCGGCCAACGGAAGAGCGCUCAUCACAGCUGGACGCGCUGUCCUGGGCUUGGGCGUUGGCAACUUCUCGGCGACAUCACCGCUGUAUAUGGGUGAAAUCGCCCCAGAGUCGAUGCGCUCGCCGCUGCUCAUGUGCUGGCAGCUCACGCUCUCCAUCUCGCAGAUCAUUGCCGCGGGCAUCAACCGCGGCAUGAUCACCUACGACUCGCAGUUUGCGUACAUGUUCCCCAUCGGCUUCCAGCUCGUCUUCCCGGCCCUCGUGCUCUCGGGCCUGUGGUUCGUGCCCGAGUCCCCGCGCUGGCUGCUGCGCAAGGGCAAGAGCUCGCGGGCCGAGAAGAACAUGCGCCUCCUGCACCGCGACGACGAGACCUACGACCCGUCGGCGCCCUUGCGCGCCAUGCAGGACGACAUUGACCGCGAGGCCGAGCUGGCGGUCGAGUCCGGGUGGCUGCAGCUCGUCACGGACCCCGUGGAGCGGCGCAAGGUCGUGUACAGCGCGGGCGCGCUCGUGGCGCAGCAGAUCAACGGGAUCCAGUGGUUCUACUACUUUGGCACCGUCUUUGCCGAGGACAUUGGCCUGACGGACCCGUUCCUCAUGACCCUCAUCGUCUUCAUCAUCCAGGUCUUUGUCGUGCUCGCCGCCGUGCUCCUCGCCAACAAGCUGCCCCGCCGCCCCUUGCUCAUGAUCACCACGGGCAUCAUGACCGUGUCCAUCUUCAUCGUCGGCUGCCUGGGGAUCCCCUCCGUGGACCCCUCCGAGAUGUUCGGCAAGGUCAUCAUCAGCUUCGUCAUCAUCGAGAUCGCCGCCUUCAACUUCGCCUGGGGCCCGCUCGGCUGGACCAUUGCCUCGGAGAUGGCCGUCGGGCGCAACCGCAACAAGAUCUACGCCGUCGCCGUCGCCUGCUUCUGGGUCGCCGUCUGGGUCACCGUCUUCACCCUUCCUUACCUGUACUACUCUGCCAACCUGGGCCCACGCACGGGGUUUGUCUACACGGGCCUCUGCUUCGUCACCUGGGCAUAUGUCUGGUUCUGCGUGGGCGAGGUCCACGGCAGGAGCUUCGAGGAGAUUGACGGGUUCUUCCGCGACGGGAUCCCCGCCCGCAGGUGGGAGAUGCAGCCGAGGAAAGGGGCUGCUGGCCUUGACGGCGGCGUGUCUCGUGGCGGUGGUGGUGCUGCUGAUGGUAGUGCUAGUAGGGGCGAUGAUCUGAGCAAGGCAUCCCCGGUUGAUGGAGUCAGCGACCAUGGCAAGUUGUAAAUCAGAAGGGUGAAGGGAUAGAGUCCUCGAAGUAGUCGAGAGUAAAAACUAAGAAACGUUACGCGUUUCGGUUUGUAUCUUGACCUAGUCAUGAGGUUUUUGAUGAUUGAACUUGUCCGCUUCUUCGGCAUUAGCUGGUAUCUACAUGGCCUAUUGAGACGGGG